UUAAAAUAUCUUAAUCGAGAAAAAGGGAAAAUUAAUAAUGGCGGCUAGGUUUUUGGUGAAAAGACUCACGGCGGUGAAUGUUUCAAGUACUCCGGGGGGAGAUUUCUCCGGUUACGUUCUCCGUCAAGCUACAACCGGAAUCAACUACUUCUCAACCGGAUAUAAGCAAACGGAGGGCACUACUCACUAUGGUCAAGGCUCGAACACUGCAAACGACGAUAAGUCCACAGCGAGUUACGUAUCAGACAAGGCAAAGGAAGGAGUGAAAAAAGCGACCGACGCAGCGAUCAAUGCCGGCGAUAACAUGAAGGAUACGAUGGAAGGGGCCUGGAAAGCGGCCAAGGAAACGGGUCAAAACAUUAGUGAUGCGGUUGCCGGUGAUGAUGAUGGUAGGAUUCAAGAGGAUAAGGUGGCGGUGGAGUUAAAGGAUGUUCAACAGCCUGUGGAUACCACGGAGUAUAGAGGUGUAGAGGAUCUACAUCAGCAAACUGGCGGCGAAGUUAAGUCACCCUAAGGAGUAAGGGCAAAGCUCGUGUUUUGGGGUUUCUCAUAUCGUUUUCUUCUUUUUCUUGCAUUUUUGUUGUUUCAAUGAGAGGUUGCUCAUGGUUCAGGGUUUUAUGACUGGACCCUGGCUUGAUUUCAUUGCAGUUUGUUUUUAGUACUAGCUGAAAGUCCAAUGCAAGCAAAAUAAACAACCGCUCCGAGCAAUUUUAAUUA